CAGAGAAAUUUCCGGUCGGCGUCUAAAAACAUUCUCCUUUGGGUACGACUAACUCCGGACGAGAGCGAAAGAUCGAGAGAAAGAAGAAGAUGAACGUUGUUCAAGGUUUGAAGAGGAUCCCUCGCAUCAAAUUCCCACAGCGACAUCUCAACCCUUCAGUUUCGGAGGGAAAGACUCAGGUGGUGGCAAAUGAAGCAGAUACAUCAUUAUUCUUCUCCAGUUUGAACGUUCCUAAGACUAUAGGCGGGAAGGCAUCAUCCCAGCCUAAGCGUACUCCAGUUUCAAACGAAGAGAUGGAAGCCAUUUUGUUGGGAGGCUGCCUCUGAUCAUUCAACAUGAUCUAUUGAUUAGAAAUGGUGGACCUCCUCUCAUCUUUACCAUUUACAGAGAAUAUACUCUAUAGUCAAGUAACUGAUAUGGUUGGUUGAAUGUUUACAACAACCAAUCACACAAUAAAACAACUUUGUUGCAGUUUUAACUUCUUUACUGAAUCCUCAUUGAUAUUGAGUGCAUUCUAAUUCCUGCUA